AUGUUCCUCGCUGCCGCCGCGUGCCCUUACUUUGCUCCUAAACCUUACAUUAAAUCUCUUCAGAACGCAUUCAUGAUUGUUGGAUUCCCCCUUGUUGGAGUUUCAGCAUCUCUCGACGCUCUUAUGGAUAUAGCUGGAGGAAAAGUGAACAUCCAUGUGUUGAUGGCACUUGCUGCUUUUGCUUCCGUGUUUAUGGGCAACGCUCUUGAAGGAGGAUUGCUUCUUGCCAUGUUCAAUCUUGCUCAUAUCGGUCAGAACUCGAAUUUAUCCAAGGAUUUGGGAUAUGGCUUUGAUAAUGCUUUCAUGGCGCUCAUAAGUUUGAGCCUUUGUCUUGUCGUUGUUUCUGCAGCCGAGGAGUUCUUCACUAGUCGGUCAAUGGUGGAUGUUAAAGAGUUGAAGGAGAGUAAUCCAGAUUCCGCACUGUUGAUAGAAGUGGAAAAUGGAGAUGUUCCAAACAUUUCUGAUCUAUCAUACAAAAGCGUUCCUGUGCACAGUGUAGAAGUUGGAUCCUAUAUUUUGGUUGGAACUGGUGAGAUUGUUCCUGUAGAUUGCGAAGUAUACCAAGGUAGUGCUACCAUAACAAUUGAGCACUUGACUGGGGAAAUCAAGCCAUUGGAGGCAAAAGCUGGUGAUAGAGUGCCUGGUGGUGCAAGAAAUUUGGAUGGUAGAAUGAUUGUGAAGGCUACAAAGGCAUGGAAUGAGUCGACGCUUAACAGGAUUGUACAGCUGACAGAGGAGGCACACUCUAAUAAACCCAAACUUCAGAGAUGGCUGGAUGAGUUUGGGGAGAAUUACAGCAAGGUGGUGGUUGUUUUGUCACUUGCUAUUGCCUUCCUAGGUCCAUUUUUGUUCAACUGGCCUUUUCUCAGCACCACAGCAUGCAGAGGAUCUGUCUACAGAGCAUUGGGACUUAUGGUGGCUGCAUCACCAUGUGCUUUGGCUGUUGCUCCAUUGGCUUAUGCUACUGCUAUUAGUUCCUGUGCAAAAAAGGGAAUAUUGCUGAAAGGUGCACAAGUUCUAGAUGCUCUCGCUUCUUGCCAUACAGUUGCUUUUGACAAAACUGGGACCUUAACAACCGGCGGCCUUACUUGCAAAGCAAUUGAACCCAUUUAUGGGCACCAAGGAGGCAAUCAUUUAAGUGUAACAACUUGCUGCGUUCCAAAUUGCGAAAAAGAAGCUCUUGCCGUAGCGGCUGCUAUGGAGAAGGGCACCACGCAUCCUAUUGGAAGAGCGGUGGUAGACCACAGUGUGGGGAAGGACCUCCCUUCUAUUUUUGUUGAAAGCUUCGAAUAUUUUCCUGGUAGAGGCCUUACUGCUACCGUAAAUGGUGUUGAGUCAGUAGCUGAAGAGAGGAGAUUACGAAAAGCAUCACUUGGCUCUAUAGAGUUCAUUACGUCGCUCUUCAAAUCAGAAGAUGAGUUGAAACAGAUCAAGGAUGCUGUAAACGCCUCUUUGUACGGAAAUGAUUUUGUUCAUGCCGCUCUUUCUGUUGAUCAAAAGGUAACAUUGAUUCACCUCGAAGAUCAGCCUCGUCCAGGGGUAUCAGGAGUUAUAGCAGAACUUAAAAGCUGGGGCCGACUCCGAGUAAUGAUGUUAACUGGGGACCAUGAUUCAAGUGCUUGGAGAGUUGCAAACGCAGUGGGUAUAACUGAAGUCUACUGUAACCUGAAGCCAGAAGAUAAGCUAAAUCAUGUAAAGAACAUCGCUCAAGAUGCAGGAGGAGGUUUAAUCAUGGUAGGAGAAGGGAUCAAUGAUGGUCCAGCCUUAGCAGCAGCAACAGUCGGGAUUGUUCUUGCUCAACGUGCUAGUGCCACUGCAAUUGCUGUUGCUGACAUCUUACUGCUUCGGGACAACAUCACCGGUGUUCCCUUCUGUGUUGCUAAAUCCCGCCAAACAACAUCACUGGUAAAGCAAAAUGUGGCUCUUGCAUUGACAUCGAUAUUCUUAGCCGCUCUUCCCUCGGUUUUAGGGUUUCUUCCAUUGUGGUUGACGGUACUUCUUCAUGAAGGCGGGACUCUUCUCGUAUGCCUAAACUCGGUACGCGGUCUGAACGAUCCAUCGUGGUCGUGGAAACAAGACAUAGCUCAUCUAAUCAGCAAGUUAAGCUCACGAGAACCCACCAGUAGCUACAACAGUUUAAGCUCUGUAGAGCCUGCACAUUAG